AUACUAUCAGCAUUUGAGUUCUGUUUGUGUUCAGUGUGGGCCUGUUCAGAGAAUGUGCAUUGCCUGACAGAGUAAAGAGAAAAACAGAUCUUCACAGCUCAGCAGUUUGUUUACAGUCCCUUGCCUCCCCGUUCUUCUCCGACUGCUGGACAAGUGUCUGCUCAGUUCCAUUCUGGACAGGCGAAGAACAGACCUCCUGAGAAGAUUGUAUCUGCAGGAGGCCCUCACCUGCAGAACACAACGAUCAACUGGGUAUGUAAGAGGUUGACGUGACCAAUACCCAAUACCAAAGAACACGGUAGCCUAGGAGGGUGCAGGAGCUCCACAUGUGUGGUGGGGCUCUGACCAGCACAGCAUGUUACUGCACGGCAAGGAGCAAUAAUGAGGCAGGACCCUUCAAACUAAAGGAUGCCUGGCUGCCGUUGUGUACUCCUAUUACAGUUGUUUCAGCUCCUGUAGUUUUGAGAAGCACAAUGGAAAAGGAAGGGCAGAUUCAUGUUUUCAAAUGCCACUGUUAAGACUGCUCAUCAUCGCCUCUAUAUAUGGUUUGUUGUCCAGCUUUAAAAAGAAAAAGAAGCUGUUAAUUUUUACUAUUUGGGAGAAAAGGAGAGGGGGAAAACCCAGCUGAGAAUUCUUGAACAUAUCAUCAUUUCACCUUUUUGCUCACAAAGCCAAACCAUGAUGGAUUUCCUAUGGAUAAGCUGAAACAUUUCAAACAGCACCCAGUCUACACUAAGCAUUGUCGCCACCAAGUCCAAUCAGACGUUGCAAGAUGACAGAUGAGCCUAUCAAAGAGAUCUUGGGAACUUCCAAAUGUCCUCAAUGUGCAACAAUGGAAAAGAGCACCAACAAUGACUGCAGGGUCACAACCGUACCGCUGGUGAGUGAGUGCCAGCUGACAGCUGCCACAGGGGGAGCCGAACUCUCCUGUUACCGUUGCACGAUCCCCUUUGGGGUUGUGAUCCUCAUUGCUGGGGUGGUGGUCACAGCCGUGGCGUACAGCUUCAACUCCCAUGGAUCCAUCAUCUCUGUGCUUGGGCUUCUCCUCUUGUCGUCAGGACUCCUUUUGCUGGCCUUGAGCGCGUUAUGCUGGAAAAUCCGACAGCGGAACAAGAAGGCAAAGAGGCGAGAAAGCCAGACAGCUCUAGUGGCAAAUCAGAGGAGCCUGUUCGCUUAAAAAAAAAAAACUGCAAGCAAAAAGGGAUGGAAGAGAGGUGGAUUGCUGAAUGGACAAGCCUAUUUAUUUUCAUUUGGGCUGCAAGAUAUCUUUUAUUAACAGACUGAAUUGGAUUUAUUUUAAAAAGUAGCUAAAAUAUGCUUAAAAAUUCAGGAAUAAUUGGUUUCUGUUUAAUUACAAACCUAUUUCAAGAUGCACUAGGAUUGGUGUUUUCAAUUGUUUUCUCUCUCUCUUCCCUUUCAAUAUUUUUCUCCAUUUUUCAGUUACCCACCUUGUAUUAUGAUGUUCAAAUCUUAGUGUCUCAUAUUUCUAGGGUGAAAAAAAAAGCCCUUCAUUUUGUUGUACAACACCCAGGUAGGAUGGCCCAAAUGGAAAAAUGUAUUGUGGUCAAAGACAGCAGCCGGCAACUGCUAAUAUUACAUCUUAAAGAGUCGAUCACAUGACAGGAGCCAGGUAACACACAACUACCAGACCUCUCUUGUAUGGUAGAACUUCAUGUUUCAUGUACCUGUGUGAGAGGAGUCUGCUUUAUUUAUUUAUUUAUUGCACUUGUAUACCGCCCCAUAGCCGAAGCUCUCUGGGCAGUUUACAGCAAUCAGAAACAUUAAAACAAAUAUACAAUUUAAAACACAUAUUUUAAAAACAACUUAAAACACAAUUUUAAAAUUUAAAAUUUUAAAAUUUAAAACAAUAUAAAAACAAUUGCUAAACAAUUUCACCUGGUUAUAUAACCAAGAGAGGCUUCCACUCUUUGAGAAAUAUGUCUAUCGGUUUUUUUCUAAGUGAACAAGUCAAUUUGUCCAUCUCAACUAAGUCCAUUAAUUUCAAUAGCCAUUCUUCCAUUGUAGGUAUUGCUUCCAUCUUCCACUUUUGCGCAUACAACAAUCUUGCUGCUGUAAUCAUAUAUAAUAUUAUCCUUCCAUACUUCUUUUCUAGUUGUUUGUCCGUAAAGCCCAAUAGGAAAAAUUCUGGCUUUGAUUGAAUAUUUAUCUUUAGGAUUUUUUGUAUCAUCCCACCUAUCUGUGCCCAAAAUAAUUUCACCUGGUUACAUAACCACCACAUAUGAUAGAAUGAUCCUUCUUGAUACUUACAUUUCCAGCAAAUAUUAGGAAUGUUAUUAUACAUUUUUGAUAACUUUUCUGGAGUCAUAUACCAAUGGUACAUCAUUUUAUAAAAAUUUUCUUUAAGAUUAUAACAUAAUGUAAAUUUCAGCCCUUUUUUCCACAUGUUUUCCCAUUGUUCCAUUUGUAUAUUAUAACCAAAUUUUUUGUAUUUCACAUGAUUCCGUUAAGUUGCCAUUAAUAAUUAUCUGAGCUUUCUGAGAUGUAUAAAUCGACUUGAUCCAUUUAAUAAAAUUUUCUCCGAAAUCCAUUUGUUCCAGAACCUUAAACAUAAAUUUCCAAUUCAGAUUGUCAAACGCUUUUUCCGCGUCCAAAAAAAUCAAAGCAGCUUUUUUAUCAUUUCGUUGUUCUAAAUAUUCCAAUACAUUCAGAACGUUCCUAAUAUUAUCACGUAAUUGUCUUUUGGGCAGGAAGCCUGAUUGGUCUUCCUGAAUAAAUUGUUGCAAUACUAUUUUCAUUCUUUCUGCCAAGAUCUUUGUAAAUAAUUUAUAAUCAUUAUUCAAUAGAGAUAUCGGUCAGUAAUUUUUUGUUAUAGUUAAAUCCUGUUCUUCUUUGGGUAUUAGUGUUAUGUUAGCAUUUUUCCAACUCUCAGGUAUUUCCCCCUCUUUCAGAAUCGAAUUCAUUGUAUACUGUAGGGGUAGUAAAAGCUCCUCUUCAAAACAUUUAUAAUAUCCUGCUGAUAAUCCAUCCGGACCCGGUGACUUUCCUAAUUUGACUUUACUUAUGGCUUCAGAUAACUCUCUUAACGUAAUAGGACCAUUAACAACUUGUCUCUGAAGAUCUGUAACUUUAGGCAAAUUCUGUUUAAAUAAAUACUCUUCUAUCUUUUCAGAGGAAAGUUCUUGGCAUUUGUACAAAGUUGAAUAGUAUUGAUGAAAAACCUUUAGAAUUUUUACAUUAUCUGUCAACACCUUAUCUCCUUCUUGUAUCUUUAAAAUAAGAUUUUUUCCCCCUUCUUUUCUUAAUUUGUAUGCCAACCACUUCCCUGGUUUAUUUGCAAAUUCAAAAUUCCUUUGUUUGGCAAAAGUUAUUUUUCUUUCAAUUUCUCCCACUGUUAACAUUGAUAUUUGAUUCCGUAACAUUUUAAUUUGAUUUACAAUCGAAACUUUAGUUGGGUAUUUUUUCAAAUCUUC